CAAGGCCCAGAAAAGCCCAACGCGACACACGAGUGGCCGAGUGGGGUAGUCAGGCGAGCUCCUCCCCGCGCCGCCGCCAAAACCCUCAAAACCCCGAGACGCCGGCGGCGAGGAGGAGAGGGGCGGAGGCGGAGAUGGCGACGCGGGUGAAGGACGUGGCGCGGCGGUCGACAAAGAAGUACGUCGAGGAGGCUCUGUACCGGCGGCUGUUCCGGAAGGGGUCGACGCCGCAGGCGGUGCGGGAGGAGUUGGACGGCUUCCUCGACAGCCGGAAGCGGGCGUUCAAGUGGGAGGUGGGCGUUUGCGUCCGCCGGAUGCGGCGGAACGCGCUCUAUCGGCCGGCGCUCAAGCUUUCUGAAGUUAUGGCCAGAAGAGGCAUGAAUCCUACUGUCAGUGAUCAAGCAAUCCACCUGGACCUCGUUGCCAAAUCGAGAGGCAUUGCUGCUGCUGAGAAGUACUUUUUGGACCUCCCAGAAACUUCCAAGACUCAUCUCACAUAUGGCGCUCUUCUAAAUUGUUACUGCAAAAAGUUGAUGACUGAGAAGGCUGAGUCACUUAUGGAGAAAAUGAAGGAGCUCAACUUUGCUUUUACUGCCAUGUCCUAUAACAGCUUGAUGACACUGUACACCAAAGUCAACCAACCUGAGAAGGUCCCCAGUAUCAUUCAGGACAUGAAGGCCGAUGAUGUAUUACCAGCUGUCUUUACUUAUAAUGUUUGGAUGAGGGCGCUUGCAGCUGUCAAAGACAUACCAGGGGUUGAGAGGGUGAUUGAAGAGAUGAAACGGGAUGGCCGUGUUGAUCCUGAUUGGACAACAUACAGUAACCUGGCCUCCAUAUACGUUGACGCUGGACUGUUUGAGAAGGCAGAAGCUGCUCUUAAGGAGCUUGAGAGGCGGAACACUAGCAAUGAUAUUGAAGCAUACCAGUUCCUUAUUACAUUAUAUGGGAGGACACGAAAUUUAAUGGAAGUUCAUCGUGUUUGGCGGUCAUUGAAGCGGAAUUGUCCUAGAAAGGCAAACAUGAGUUAUCUUAACAUGAUUCAGGUUUUGUCCAAUCUGAAGGAUUUGCCUGCUGCUGAAGCCUGUUUCAAAGAGUGGGAAGCCCAGUACAUCCAUCCACCUAAGAAGAACACAAAGGGCUCUGAGGCAUCCACUGCAGAACCAGAAUCUUCACCCAAUGCGCCUAGUAAUGAGUCUGAUGUCAACGGAACCAAGGGAGCGGAGGAGCUCGAACUGAAGCAUCCAAAAUAUGACAUCCGGGUUGCAAAUGCUAUGAUUAGAGCAUAUAUCGCAGAGGGUAUGCUUGACAAGGCUGUUGCUCUGAAGAAGCGUGCCAAGAGGCGUGGUGGAAGACUGAACGCCAAGACAUGGGAGAUCUUCAUGGAUCAUUACCUCAAGGCUGGGGAUCUCAAGAUGGCUCAUUGGUGCGCGGACCGUGCGAUGAAGAAGGGACACAGCGGCGGCAGGAUCUGGGUGCCACCACACAGUGUGACCGAGACCCUGAUGGGCUACUUUGAGAAGAACAAAGAUGUAGAUGGAGCUGAGCAAUAUGUCGGAGCUCUGAAGAAGGUGCAGAAGGACCUGGGCGUGCUGGUCUUCGAGCCCCUGGUACGGACGUACGCAGCUGCCGGGAAGAAGUUCCCCGGGAUGCGGCAGCGGCUCAAGAUCGAGAAUGUGGAAGUCGGGGAGGAAACUGCCAGGCUGCUCGAUUCCAUCUGCGUCGACCAAUAGACAGGCCUCUUUCUUUUUGUUCAUCUUAAUAACGGCAGGGUGCUUGGGGAUAUUGAGCUAUUUAAUAUGUUGUGUGAAAACUUGAUGCCGGUAUGUACACUGCAAUUUAGCCAGCUUUUGUUUCUUUCAUCAUCUGGUUCUGCCAACGUGGGAGCCCUGGUUCCGAAUCUUUUAACU